AUGGACGGAACUGUUUGUGACGAAAAUGGGGGUGACUGUGUAAGAGAAGGUGGUAGGGGAUGUCAUGUGAGGCCAGUAAGUACAGUAGAGAUUGCACCACCACCCAUACCCGAGAUGAAUACUGUGAAGUGGAAGGAAUUGUUGUUAGGAAAGAAGCAAACUUUUGCAAAUGUUACAGAAUUCAAAAAGACAGUAUAUAAGUUUAGUAUUGCAGAAAACUUCAAGUACAAAUAUGUCAAAAAUUGUGAGGAAUGUGUGCAUGUGAAAUGCAAUAUUGAAGGUUGUCCUUGGUGGAUAAUAGCAAGAGCAACUACGAAUAGAAGUCCUUUCCUCAUUGUAACUCAACUCAAAAAUGAACAUGUGCAUAAUGCCCAAGAAAUUAUGCAAGUUACACAUGGUGGAAGAGUAGCUUUGACAUCAUCAAUUAUCAUUGAGGAGGUAAGGAAUCAUACAGAUAAGCGUCCAAAUAAAAUAAGGAGGACCUUGGCAAGGGGUUAUGGUGUAAAGUUGACAUAUAAGCAAGCAUAUAGGGCUAAGGAAAAAGCAUUAAAGGAAAUACAAGGGAGGCCUGAACAAUCAUACAUGUUGAUACCAUGGAUAUGUCAACGAUUAAAGGAAACCGAUAGGAAGACAGUUGCUGAAUGGGUAGCAACUUUUAACAACACAUUUGAGCGCAUUUUUAUAGCAUAUGGUUGUUGUGUAGAGAGUUUUUUGUCCGAGGCAAUACAUAUACUGUAUAUAGAUGGAACACAUUUGAGUGGACCAUAUAGGGGAACACUGCUAUCAGCCUCAGCAUAUGAUGCAAACAAUGAAUUGUUACCAUUCGCAUAUGCUAUUGUGAAUGGAGAGACUUAUGAGGAGUGGGCAUGGUUCCUAAAUAUGAUAAAAUAG